GGUACCGCUGGUUUCCUUGCUGAGGAAAUGAAACCGAAAGCGGCGGCGUCGGGGGAGGCGUAGAGGCGGCCAUGGCGGGGCACGGACCGGGCGCCUUCCCGCUGCUGGUGCGCGGAGACUGGGGCGCCGCCGAGCCGCCCCCCGCCCUGAGGAAGAAGCUGCUCUGCUACUUCCAGAGCCAGAAGCGCUCGGGCGGCGGCGAGUGCGACCUGCGGGCUGGGACCGCGACCGGCGACCUUCUGGUCUGCUUCGCCUGCCCCGAGGUGCGGCAGCGGGUGCUCGACCGGCGGGUCCAUGAGCUCGAGUGGGGCCAAAGAGGGCGGCUGGCGCUGCUCGUCACCGAGCUGCCCGCAGACGGACACGCCGCUCAGGAGCCGGGACGGGCCGGCGGGGCCGAGGUGCCAGUUAAUGAUCCCCAGGUGUCUCUUCUUACCUGCCAGAAUACGGAGACUUGUGUGCGCAGUCAGCAGAAGGCAGAAUCAUGUGAGAAAUUGGAGGCAGAAAGAGCAACACCUAGGAAAUCUGUCAUAGUAGUAACCACUGCCUCUGGGGAGGAGAUAGAAGAUGAGAUUGUGGAGAUGUACUUUGAAAAUAAGAAGAAGUCUGGUGGGGGGGCCAUCGAGUCCUACAUCAAAAAGGAUCAGGAAAUGAUCAUCACCUUUCAGGAUGAGGAAGAUGCCCAAGAAGUUUUGCAGAGGAAGCAUCACUCGGUGAAGAAAAUUGAUCUGUUUGUGAAGCCCUGGCAAGUGGAGGCUCUCGAGGAGCCGUGCCAAGUGAAGGACCCUGAAGAAUCCCCGCCUUCCAAUUCAGUUGCGCUUGAAAACGUGCGGGAGACAGUAAAAGAUUGCAUGUUAACUAUGCUGGUGGAGAACAUCAGUGGCCUGUCUGAGGAGGAUGGUGACUUCAGUGUGGAAAUGAUACCCGAAAUACGUGCUGCUGUAGUUACUUUUACUGGAGAUACUGCUAUAGGGGAAUUUGCUAAAAAGUUUAAUCAAAACCACAGAGCAAAGCAACAAAAUAUUACCGCAAGGUGCCUUGAGCUAACAAGAAGUGUUAGGGCUGAAAACGUACCACCUAACACACCCAGUGACUAUAUAACUGUGUACUUUGAAAACAAGAAGAAUGGAGGUGCACAAGUGGUGGAUGUUCAGCAGCUGCCCGAUGAAGAUGCAGCCAUCAUUACAUUCAGUGACCAUGAAGAUGUAACCAAUAUAUUGGCAAAGCAGCAUUCGCUCAACAAAACGCCCAUCUCUGUCUAUCCUUACUAUGUCUCACUGGGAACAGCUCUGUAUGGAAAGGAAGGACCACAAAUAAAGCAGCCAGAUCCAAUUACAGUGCCUCUGGAUCGGUAUAUCUGGUAUUACUUGCAGAAAAAUAAUAAGCUAAUUGAGGCAAUAAGUUGUGAAAUGGCAAAAUGCAAUUGUGAACUAACGUGGCCUGACCCCCACUGUGCAGAACCAGAAGUUACUUUGCAUCCUUCAGCUGCUUUGCCUGAGCAGAAGAGAUUGGUAUCUCGAUUGUUCAAGACAUGGAAUGAAGAUGUUUCCGCAGCAUUUUCGCACAGUGUAUCGAAGUACGAAGCAGUUAAAUGUCAAGUAAACACAGAGGUGUGGGAAGCCAUUAGAAGCAGCUUUACCCACAGUGACGUUCUGAUAAUUCCGUGUGUUUCCAAGGAUUUCCUUGUUCUAGUGGGUGAAAAAGAUGUUGUGAAGAAUGUCGAACAAGAACUGAAGUUUCUGGUAGAAAAGGCCACCAUAGAAAUUGAAAGAGAAAAGCAAAGAACUGAAGAAUUGGUGGUAAUGGGUCCAGGGGAAUAUGCAAUUUUGCAGAGUACUAGUCUUGAAAAAUUUCACACAGAGUUCCCAGCCCUGCAGAUAUCUUAUGAUCCUUUGCAGAACAUCACUAACCUCUGUGGAGUGCGUGAGGAAGUUUAUAAAGUAAAAGGGGAAAUACUAGAUAAUAUACGCAAAAUGGCAAAGAAAACGGUUAAUAUUCACCCUUACAUUUUCCAGUUUUUAGAGCAUAUUGAUAAUGAAACCCUGUCACAGAGCCUGUUUAUGUCAAAACAAAUUAAUGCCUUUUAUGAGCUUGAUGCAGAAGCCAUCUUCUUGAAAGGGAGUGCUCCUGAAGAUCUCCAAAAAGCAGAAGAAGAAAUAAAGAAGGAACUGGAUCACAGAAGCAUUAGUCUGGAGGAUGAGUCAGUCCUCCAGAAAGAGGAAUGGAUGACGCUUACCAAGCAAAACUGCUCUGAUGAAGCUGUAAGAGUCACGCAGGCAGGGAGUCAGGUCAUCGUUGCUGGUUUUUCUCAAGCAGUAGAAAAAGUCUUCACGGAACUUUCAAACUUUAUAGAUGAAAACACACGAGUACAAAAGAUUGUAGGAGGAAAACCUGUGGCGGUCAUCAUGUUUUUUGAGAAAGCAAAAGCCGAUGUUUGGGGUGAUUUACAGAAUAAAUGCGUGAAAGUUGACUUUAUCACCCAGAAGAAAAACAGAGUUAUAUCCUUGAGUGGGCCAAGAAGAGAAGUACUGAAGGGAGUCACCUUAGUUGAGCAAAUUCUGUCCGGCCUGCAUUACAAGCGUGUGGUAAUUAAAGAGCCAGGAGCCAAGUCGUAUUUCAAAGAGCGAGAACCGUUUUUUGCUGCCAGUGUGAAAGAAGAAUUUAAGUGUCUGGUGAGGCUGGAAGAAGAAGAAGAAGAACAGCAAGAACACAGUAAUGUAGACAAGCCCUGUAGGCAGGUGACCAUGGGUGGAGUUGUAAUAGCGGUUUAUAAAGCUGACAUGUGCACUCAUCCUGUUGAUGUUGUGGUGAACGCAUCUAAUGAAGACCUCAAACACAUCGGUGGCCUUGCUGAGUCUCUGCUGAAAGCGGCCGGCCCGGAGCUGCAGCAGGAGUGUGACGAGCUGGUGAGGAGGAACGGGAGUUUGCAGCCCGGGUGCGCCGUGAUCACGGGCGCUGGGAAACUGCCCUGCAAGAACGUCAUUCACGCCGUUGGGCCCAGGUGGAAGAAGGACGAAGCAGAAAAGUGCAUGUUCUUGUUAAGAAAGACAGUCAAGAAAAGCCUACAGCUAGCUGACACAUUUAAUCAUCGUUCCAUAGCUCUGCCUGCUAUAAGUGGAGGGAUUUUUGGCUUCCCGCUGGAUCUGUGUACACAUUCCAUUGUAUCCUCCAUCAAGGAGACCCUGGAAGAAUCCAUGGGGGACAGCAGCUUGAAGGAGGUUCAUCUUGUGGAUAUUACACAGAACAACAUUCAGGCUUUCAGCAAGGCACUGGAAGAAGUGUUUUCAGAUGAUUCAUAUUCCUACUGGCCACGGGGUCAGACCAGUACAGUUGGUCAGCAUAAGAAAAGGAAAACUUCUCAGAGCAGUAAGAGCUUCCCAUUGCUAACAACAGAGGAAGGCCUUGACAUCGUGCUGAAACAAGGAAGCAUCGAAGACGCUACAACAGACGUCGUUGUCAUCAGUGUUACCAAAGAUCUCCAGCUUGACAAAGGGCCACUCUCUAAAGCUCUGCUGAGCAAGGCAGGGCCAAUGCUUCAGAUGGGCUUAAAAGAAGAAAGCCUGGGAAAAACAGCUGAGGAAGGUUCUGUGUUUAAAACAAAAGGUUACAAUCUUGGUUGCAGUGUUGUGCUUCAUGCUGUUGUACCUGCAUGGUCCCAGAAACAGACAUCUCUAAAGGUCUUGGGCAAUAUCAUCACCAAAUGCCUGGAGAUUGCUGAGGAACUAUCUUUAAAGUCAGUUACUUUCCCAGCGAUUGGGACAGGGAAUUUAGGAUUCCCGAGGUUUGCUGUUGCUAAAUUAUUGUUUGACAAAGUGUUUGAAUUCAGCAGUAAAAAUGGAGUAAAUUCUCUUGAGGAAGUUCACUUUCUGUUGCACCCAAAAGACACAGCUAAUAUUAAGGAAUUUUCUUAUGAACUUGAGAACAGAUGUGGAAAUGCUGUUGAUGUGCAAGUGCAGAAGGCUACUCCCAGUAAGGCUAGCCAAGGCACAGCUUCAUCUGGUGCUUCUUCAACCCCAACACAGGAUGGACACGAAAUGAAGAUUGGCUCUGUUGUGUUCCAAGUGGUGGAAGGCGAUAUUACCAAGGAAGACGGAGAUGUCAUUGUAAACAUAACAAACCAAACCUUUAGCCUCAAAUCAGGUGUCUCUAGAGCAAUUCUGAAUGCUGCUGGAAAAGCAGUUGAAGAUGAAUGUGCUCAACUAGCCUUGCAAUCCAAGCAGCUCUUUAUCACCACCCAAGCUGGAAACCUACCAUGCAAAUAUAUAAUUCAUUUUGUUGCCCAAGAGGAUAUCAAGUCACAAGUCUCCCAAGUGCUUCAGGAGUGUGAAUUACAGCAGUACAGCUCUGUCGCCUUCCCAGCAAUUGGAACGGGCGAGGCAGGCCGUGAUCCAGCAGCAGUAGCUGACGACAUGAUAGAUGCCGUAACAGACUUUGCAAGAAGUAACUCUUCUCCAUCUGUGAAAACUAUUAAAGUUGUCAUCUUUCAGCCACAUCUGCUGAGUGUGUUCCAUGCAAGCAUGCAGAAAAGAGAAAGGCCUGUUAGAACAGCAGCCAGCACGAUCCUUUCCAAGUUAAUGUCAUUCUGGAGCCCUGAGAAACGUUCCCCAAAGGAAAAACCCAAAGCAGUUUUGGAAAAUAAAAUCGACGUGGCUGUUGUGCAGAUUUGUGGCGAAAACAAGAAGAAAGUGGAAGAAGCUGAAAACUGGUUGAAAACUGCAAUUUUAAAGGAACAGUUUAACACAGAAAUCCAAGAUGAGUCUAUCUUUAAUUUCGGUGAAGCAGAGAAUGAGGAACUGCGUUACCUACAAAAGAAAUUAAAAAUAUGUCUUUGUUUGGAUAGUAACUCCAUUCGAAUUUCAGGUAUUGAGAAAGAUGUCUGGAUUGCUUAUUCAACUGUUCAAAAGAUGAUCCACAGCGUAAAAGCUGCUAAACAGGACGAGAUCAGGGCAGAACUUCUACAAAACUUAGUUGAGUGGAAAUAUUUGAAGAAGGAUUCCUAUGUGCCCUUCGACAGUCUCACAAAUAUGCAGUUGGAAAAUGCUUCCAUAGCAAAGCAGAAAGAUGUUUUAGUCACCAUUAAUAAGAAAAAAUACACAGUGAAUGUAGAAGCUAGAUAUGCUGUGGAUGGCCAAGGAAAACGUAUACCUGUCACACGCGUUGAUAAAUCUGAGGAUCAAGAAUCAACAGUGCUCCCUGCAACAUGGGACGAUAUGCAAAACCAGCGACUCAAAAUAGUGAAACUAAAACCAGAAACAAGAGAGUAUAGAGAUGUGCAGGAAAAGUUUCUGAAGACCUGUCUGUCCUUCAAAAUUGAAAAGAUUGAAAGGAUACAGAACCCAUUCUUUUGGAAGGCCUACCAAAUAAAAAAGUGUGAAAUGGAUAACAAAAAUGGCAACAGAAAUAAUGAGAGGCUUCUGUUUCAUGGGACAAAUAAGGAGUCAUUAGACUUGAUUAAUAACUAUGGAUUUAACCGGAGCUAUGCUGGAAUGCACGCUGCAAACUAUGGAAAUGGAACGUACUUUGCUGUUAAUGCCAACUACUCUGCCCACGACACCUACUCUAGACCAGAUGUGGAUGGGAAGAAGCACAUGUACUUGGCUCGAGUCCUGGUUGGAGAAUAUGGUCUGGGGACAAAAGGUUCACUCAUUCCAGAAGCAAAAAAUGCCAGUGACCCUACAGAUCGGUUCGAUAGUUCAACUGAUAACAUGAACCAGCCAUCCAUGUUUAUUAUAUUUAAUGACAUUCAAGCUUACCCAGAAUACCUUAUCACUUUCACGAGAUAAGCAUUUUGGUUGCAGCCGAGGUUGCAUGUCUUUUAGUCUGGCUGUAGGGCAGAAACACUUAUACCAAAAUGCACAAUUAAUUUCUUAAAGUUUGUUUACACUCUGGUAAUUUUUGAUAGCACUGCUUGUUUACACUUAAAGAAGCUGAGCAUAUUUAACUCCUGAGCUAAAUAUUCUACUGAAAACCUGUGUUUGAUUACAUAUCAAGCUUUUAUAGAGUGUUUAGUCUUUCCCUGCAGCCUUGUGAUCAUCCUAGUUGCACUAGCAAGUGGGGAACACUGGUGGAAGGUUGGAAGGAAUCUUCUUUCAGCCACCGACGGCUCAGUGCUGCAUUUCUGAUGGCCUCUUCCACUCUGACAGUCUCCAUUGUGUGGUUUUCAAUAAAUGAACUACCUGUA